UCCCCUCACUCCACUCUCUCCUCUCUCUCUCUCUCUCUCUCUCUCUCUCUCCCUACAGAGCUCCGGCGAGAGUUCACCGUAACAACCCCACCGGAAAAAAUUAACCUUUCUAAUUCCAUGGAAGAAGAAGCUCAUGAAUUCUUCCACACAGCGGAUCAUUUCGCCGUCGAUGACCUCUUGGUCGAUUUCUCCAACGAUGAUGACGACGAAAACGAUGUCAUUGCUGACUCGGACGGCAUCAACACAGCCACCGCCGUAGCCGACAGCUCUAACUCCUCCUCUUUCUCCGCCGGAAGCCUCCCCAAUUUCCACGUUGACGUUCAAGACGGCACCAGUUUCUCCGGCGACCUUUGCGUACCGAGUGAUGAGUUGGCUGAGCUGGAGUGGCUGUCCAACUUCGUGGAGGACUCGUUCUCGACCGACGAUGUACAAAAGCUCCAGCUAAUAUCCGGUUAUAAGACCCGACCCGACCCAAAGUCCGAACCCGGCCAGGAAAACCCAAAUAACAACAGCAGUCCCAUUUUCACCACUGAAGUCUCUGUGCCGGCCAAAGCCAGGAGCAAACGCUCACGCGCCGCUGCGUGCAAUUGGGCCUCACGUGGGCUUCUCAUGGAAGAAGCCGUUUACGACGAUCCAUUCACCGGAGAAACCAUCCUCACGAGCCACCACCACCUGUCUCCACCGACUUCGCAGAUGUCUAUGGCUCACCUCGGAAAAAAGCAAGCCAUCGACGGUCUCCGUCGGAAGAAAGAUUCGUCGCUGGAGUCAGGCGGCGCAGAGGAGCGGCGGUGUCUCCACUGUGCCACGGAUAAGACGCCGCAGUGGCGGACGGGCCCAAUGGGCCCGAAGACGCUGUGCAACGCUUGCGGCGUGAGGUACAAAUCGGGCCGUCUGGUGCCGGAGUACCGUCCGGCAGCGAGUCCGACGUUCGUGCUGACAAAGCAUUCUAACUCUCACCGGAAAGUUAUGGAGCUCCGGCGGCAGAAAGAGAUGACGAAGGCCCACCAUGAGUUUAUACAUCACCAUCACGGUACUGAGACUGCUAUGAUUUUCGACGUUUCUUCGGAUGGUGAUGAUUACUUGAUCCACCACAACGUUGGUCCUGAUUUCAGACAGCUUAUUUGAUUGAUCCCUUUUUUUUUGUUCUUCUUCCAAUAAUUAGGGAUAUAUCUCCUUAGAUCAAGUUUUGCUAAUCUUAAUUAUGACAAUUUGUUUUCUUUUUUUCCUUUUGUUUGGAAUUUGAUAGAAGCUUUAAUUUGUUGUUUUUCUUCAUGACAUUAAUGUUUUUUUUAGGUUUUUCUUUGGUUAAAUU